UUUUAAACUUAUAGUCAGGAUACCACCCGGUCGUAGAAUUUGUUCACUUUUACUUCUCUUAUGUUUACAAAUAAAAGUUUUUCUCGUUGGUUUUUCUCUCAAAUUAAAAUAACUACACCUCUUCAAAGUUAAAUCUAAAUAUUUGUAUGUUCUCCUAAAAAAAUGAAUUUACCGUUUAUUAGAAUAAAUCCUUUAGGUGCUUUUGUAUUAUGUGCUUUAAUAGUUUUUUUAGUUUAUUUAUAUACCGGUUCCGUUGAUAAAACUUCAGACUUAUCUGUUGUAAGUUUAAAACAUAUGCUGUCUAUCAGUGUAACUGCUGCGGAAUUAGGUGGACUAAAAGUUAAAGAAAUUCGUAGAAGUGAAGAUAUUAAGCAGAAGAGUAAAGGAAAAACUAAAGAAGGAGCUAAUGAUCCUGUUACAUAUGGAGAUCUGCUAUCACACAAAGCAAUGCUCUACACACUCAAAAAUUCUUUUCCCAGUGUGGAGAUUGUAUCUGAAGAGCAUGAUGAUAGUGACAUUAAAUUUCUUGAUAUAAAUCAUCCACCUCCACCUUGGACACCUGUUGAUAAAUUUUUAACCGAUAUUGUGGUGCCAGCGAAAGAUAUUUUAGUAUGGAUUGAUCCAUUAGAUGCCACUCAAGAAUAUACAGAAAACCUCUUGCAGUAUGUUACUACUAUGGUUUGUAUUGCAAUAAAAGGAAAACCCAUAAUUGGUGUCAUUCAUAAACCAUUUGAAAAUAGCACAGUACAGGGAAAGAGUGAUAAUAUUGUAUCUGAAGAGCAUGAUGAUAGUGACAUUAAAUUUCUUGAUAUAAAUCAUCCACCUCCACCUUGGACACCUGUUGAUAAAUUUUUAACCGAUAUUGUGGUGCCAGCGAAAGAUAUUUUAGUAUGGAUUGAUCCAUUAGAUGCCACUCAAGAAUAUACAGAAAACCUCUUGCAGUAUGUUACUACUAUGGUUUGUAUUGCAAUAAAAGGAAAACCCAUAAUUGGUGUCAUUCAUAAACCAUUUGAAAAUAGCACAGUUUGGGGAUGGGUAGGAAAAGGUAUAUCAGAUCCAAAUUAUGCUUCAGGUGGAAAGCGAGAUCAAAAGAACUCUCCUAGAAUAAUUGUGUCUCGCUCACACGCAGGAGAAGUUGAGAAAGUUGCUAAGACUGCUUUUGGUCCUGACACAGAAAUUAUACCUGCUGGAGGAGCAGGUUACAAAUCAUUACAAGUUAUCGAAGGAAACGCUGAUGCUUAUAUUCAUACGACUUUAAUCAAAAAAUGGGAUAUUUGUCCUGGACAUGCUUUACUGAAUGCUGUUGGCGGGAAAAUGACACAGUUAGAUGGCUCAGAAAUAGAAUAUGGCGAUUCCAGUCUUCUUAAAAAUGAAAAGGGUUUGAUUGCUACUCUGUAUGAUCAUGAGAAAUUCGUCAAAAAACUCUCGAAGCUUGUAUCCUUCUCCAACGGUAAUUUGCAGUUUAAUUUGAAGCUUAGUGAACUUUAAAAAAAGUUUUAAAUAAGGUAAUAAUGUAAAAAAAUUUUAUUCAUGAAAAGUUUACUCUUGUUGAUUUAAAGUGUACAAGAGUGGUACACUUGUUAAAAACUACAUUAAUUUGUUUCUAUGAUUGUAAAUUUGUUACCCAGGAUUUGAAGCUUAUAGCAGCAUUUUGUGCUUUAAAAUGAAGAUAGUAUGCAUUAUCAUGCCAUACUAUUUAAAGUAAAUUAACCAAGAUUUAAAUAUUUUAAUAAAAUAUUUAUUCACCAUACUAACAUUUUCAUAAUUAAUAAAACCUUUUCAUUAUAAAUGCUUACUACAACUUCAAUGCUUUUUUUUUUUUUUUUAAGCAAAAGCUCAAUGUUUCAAAGGUUAAAUCAAGGGUAAAAAAAUGUUCUUGAAAGCAAUAAUGUUCUUUAUACUUUAAAAGUGUAAUUUUCUUUGUACAUAAAGUGUAAAUAUUAUGGUUCUUCAUACAUUAAUGUUUAUGGUUUAUAAAUAUUUAUAAAGUUUAAAAGUAAAUCAUCUCAGUGUGUAUCCAAAAAUCUAUAAUACAGAUGCUCAAAA